CAUGAGAGACAGUAAUGCAGACGAUUGUGUUACGCCAAGUCGGACGCUUCGUGCUUCAUGUUUGGUGCCGUUUAUUUUUGAAUUUAGAAAACUAUUGUUUUAAUUUACUGAUGUUUUGUAUUUGUGGUGAUUUUGUAACUGGACAAUGAUGGUGCCUAUUUUGCUGGUUGGUGCGAUCUUGUCAUGCGCGGCGGCAUUGGACAACGGCCUCGCCCUGACGCCUCCUAUGGGCUGGCUGUCCUGGGAGAGGUUCCGGUGCAUUACGGACUGUAAAAAGUACCCUAACGAAUGUAUUAGCGAGAACCUAAUUAAACGGACAGCAGAUCUGAUGAUAAGUGAGGGUUACCUGGCCGCGGGAUACAACUACGUCGGGAUAGACGACUGCUGGCUGGAGAAGAAGCGAAGUGAAGAAGGGCGGAUGGUUCCUGAUAGAGAACGUUUUCCCAGUGGAAUGAAGGCGUUAGCUGACUAUAUCCAUAGCAAGGGGCUAAAGUUCGGCAUGUACGAAGACUACGGGAACAUGACGUGCGGGGGCUACCCAGGGGUGCUAGGCAGCGAGGAGCUGGACAUCGCGACGUUUGUGGAGUGGGAGAUUGACUACCUCAAGCUGGACGGCUGCUACAUCAAGCCGGAGGCCAUGGAUGAGGGUUAUCCGAAUUUUGGCAGACUGUUGAAUCAAACUGGACGUCCUAUAAUGUAUUCCUGUAGUUGGCCAGCCUAUCAGGAGCCAGAACGCAUAUUGCCAAACUACGCAUCGAUAGCAGAGCACUGCAACUUGUGGCGCAACUGGGACGACAUCGAGGACUCCUGGUCCUCUAUGGCCAAGAUCAUGGACUGGUUCGGCGACAACCAGGACCGGCUGGCCAAGUUCGCAGGCCCAGGGCACUGGAAUGACCCAGAUAUGUUGCUAAUAGGAAACUUCGGUCUGUCCAUCGACCAAGCCCGCGUGCAAAUGGCGGUGUGGUCCAUUUUGGCUGCUCCCCUGCUCAUGAGCGUGGACUUGGCGACCAUCAGACCUGAGUUCAAGGAGAUUCUGCUUAACAAGGAUAUUAUUGACGUGGACCAGGAUAAGAUGGGCAAACAGGGAAUUAGGGUGUGGAAAAAUAAGGAAAAUAAACUUAGAAAAAACCUGGAGAUCUGGAAACGAGAGUUACACGACGGUUCUUACGCCAUGGCCUUUGUCAGCCAAAGAGAUGACGGCAUACCUUACCCCGCAAACUUCACCUUUGAAGAAAUGAGUCUGAAGGAACAAAGUUACGAUAUCAAGGAUCUGUACAAAGAUGAAGCAGACCGAAUCCUGAGACCUGAUGAAGUAUUUGAAGUCAGAAUAAAUCCUUUAGGGGUAAAGUUUUACAAAUUUAUACCGAGAAAGAGUGAGAACAACGCACAAGAGACCGAAGAUAUAUAUAAGAACAGAGUCAUAAAAGAUAAUAAAAGCUAACUUAAAUAAGAAUUAAUUGUACCUACUAUCCAUACUAAUCGAAAAAAGUAAUAUUAUGUUUUUU